AUGGUGCUCAGGGUGCAGGCAGGCAUGUGGACCACGGGGCCCCGGCUGGCCCUGCACAGGGCCCAGGCACUGGGCACCAGGGCCUGUCCGGCCCGCCAGGCAGUGCUGCCCUUUGAAGCCAUCCCCCAGUGUCCCGGCAACAAGUGGCUGAGGAUGCUGCGUAUCUGGAAGGAACAGGGCCAGGAGAGCCUGCACCUGGAGAUGCAGAAACACUUCGAGGAGCUGGGGCCCAUCUUCAGGUAUGACGUGGGAGGGGUGUCCAUGGUGAACGUGAUGCUGCCCAAGGACGCAGAGCAGCUGCAGCAGGUGGACGGCCUGCACCCCUGCAGGAUGCCCUUGGAGCCCUGGGUGAUCUACCGACACCAUCACGGGCACAAACUCGGCGUGUUCUUGAUGUGAGGGGGGAACUGGGGGUGGGGAGGCGGGUGCCUGGGCACGGAGAGGGGGAAGCCAAGCAGCACACCACCCAGGUCCUCUCAGGGGCCCGGGGUCACCACGUGACCUGGUGCUGUCUGCCCAGAGCCCGGGGCGGGGAGGGGGAGCGCGCAGUGGUAGAGGGAUUUGCAAGGUCACAUCCCUUAGAGCAGGAAGAAGGACACUGAUGCCACUGCUGAGUGGGAGGGUCCUCUCCCUCCUACAGGGCAGACACUGAGGCCAGGCAGGGAGAUCAUAGCCUUGGUCAUGGUGUCAGCGAGCACCCGCGUCUGGGGGUCACACCUGGGCUCUCGGGUCCUAGAGUUAAGGGAAAAGCCCCGCUUGUUACAGAGAGGGUCCAGAACACGGAGGAUGGGGGCAUGUGGGCUGAUGGCACUGCUGUCCUCAGAAUAGGCUGUGGGGCUGGUCCCAGGGUUGUGUCGUUAGCUGUUGAAGGCCCACAGCAUCAUGGUGGAGCUGCCCUCAAACUCAGAUCUGUCCCCGCAU